UGCAUAUGUAGACCACGGAGGCAGAUGUUACAGUGGGGGAGCAGCAGACAGCGGCGGGCCACGGUCCGUAUCGUGCUAUCAAAGCACUUCGUCAGGCCCUGCUCUGCUACUUCCUGUGGUGUCUGAUGUCACUUCUGGUUGGGAUUCCACCACUGGCUGUGUCUGGUAUCCUGAGUACUCUAGCCAAGAAAGGGAACGUUCAUCUAGGCCAGGAUCCAUACUGAAGGCCUAUGGGUUGUUGUUUUUGCCCUGGCCCGUCUUCAUUAGCAUUGUACCGAUCCUUCUCUUCCUUGUGAUUAUAGAGAGACAAGGUUCUGGCUGGAGUAAGUGACGACCAGGGGAGGUGCCAGUCACCAGUUCUGCACCUUACGAAAGACAAAGAAAACAUUGGCAGCUAUUGAAGGUAUAAAAGCUCCACAUAGCUUCACAUCGCACAUGCACAGUCCAAGAGUGGAAGCCCAAGGAGCGUCGCUGAGACCUCAUCACUUAGCCAGUGGACCCGACGAGGACCCCUUAAAGUCUCAUCGCUAUGGGGAUGAAAGAAAUGUUAAGAUUUAAGAAUAAAACAUCUUCUGGGGAAAUUCAGGAUUCUCAUGUGCACUCCAAUGAUGAAAACAAGGAGCGGGGAAAUUGGACCCGAAAAUCCGACUACUUGCUGUCUAUGAUCGGCUAUGCCGUAGGUUUGGGGAAUGUCUGGAGAUUUCCUUAUCUUGCAUACAAAAACGGAGGAGGGGCAUUUCUUAUCCCUUAUACAAUUAUGCUUGCAUUCUCUGGCCUACCAACCUUCUUCUUGGAAUGCUCAAUGGGACAGUUCUCCAGCUUGGGUCCAGUCUCAGUUUGGCGGGUUGUACCAAUCUUACAAGGUGUCGGCAUUCUGAUGGUGCUUAUAAGUACAAUGGUAUCCAUCUACUACAACGUCAUCAUUGCCUACAGUCUCUAUUACAUGUUUGCUUCAUUUCAAAGCGUCCUACCCUGGUCAGAUUGCUUCAGCUGGUCUGAUGACAAAUGCAGCAAGACUACACGAGGAUUCUGCGAUGUAAUAGUAAAUGGAACCAUAUUUACACACAAUUUAACCUGGGUGAAAGAUAAUAACUACACUUGCAUAGCGAACACCACUGUACUGGAGGAUGUGGAAUUGCCAAGCAGGCAGUACUGGGAGAAAGUUACCCUCCGUCAGUCCAGUGGUAUGGAUGUGACUGGGGAAGUGAUUUGGUACCUGGCUCUGUGUCUACUCUUAGCUUGGAUCAUUGUUGGAGCUUCUCUAUUUAAAGGAAUCAAAUCAUCUGGGAAGGUGGUGUACUUUACUGCAACUUUCCCUUACAUAGUCCUUCUCAUCUUGUUGAUUCGAGGAGCAACUCUAGAAGGUGCAUUCGACGGAAUUGACUAUUACAUGGGAUCCCAAUCAAACUUUACCAAACUAAUGGAAGCAGAGACUUGGAAAGACGCUGCUACGCAGAUAUUUUUUUCCCUCUCCACAGCCUGGGGUGGACUUAUUGCUCUGUCUUCCUACAACAAAUUUCGCAACAAUUGCUACACCGAUGCAAUCAUAGUCUGUGUGACCAACUGCGUCACCAGUGUUUUUGCCGGAUUUGCCAUAUUUUCUAUCUUGGGACACAUGGCUCAUGUGUCUGAGAAAUCUGUUUCAGAAGUUGUAGACUCAGGCUUUGGUUUGGCGUUUAUUGCAUAUCCAGAAGCUUUAUCCCAGCUUCCAGUUUCCCCUCUUUGGUCGUUCCUGUUCUUCUUCAUGCUACUUACAUUAGGUCUGGACUCCCAAUUUGCAAUAGUAGAGACCAUCACAACAUCCCUACUUGAUGCAUAUCCUCAAGUCAUGAAGAAAUAUCGGAUCCCGGUCACCAUGGGCUGUUGUUGUAUUCUGUAUCUUCUAGGAUUGGUUUGUGUUACACAGGCAGGAAUUUAUUGGGUAAACCUGAUUGAUUACUUCUGUAGCGGAUGGGCCCUGCUCUUUGCUGCGGUGCUCGAACUAAUCGGUGUAUGCUGGAUUUAUGGAAUUAAUAAUUUCAUUCAAGACAUUGAAAUGAUGAUUGGAAAAAAACACUGGAGUUUCUGGUUAUUUUGGAGGGCUUGUUGGAUGUUUAUCUCUCCAGCCUUAUUACUGGCUAUCCUCUUGUGGUCAUUGAUAACCUUUGAAGCUCCAACUUAUGGCUCCAUCAAGUAUCCGACCUGGGGGACGGCUCUGGGCUGGUGUAUGAUCAUAUUCUGCCUUAUAUGGAUUCCGAUCGUAGCCAUAGUAAAAAUUAUCCGAGCCAAAGGAAACUUUUUGAAAACCUGCAGACCAGCUGACAACUGGGGACCAGCGCUGGCUCAGUAUCGAGGAGAACGUUACAAACAUAUAAUUGACAACACCGGAGUAAAGAAUGAUGUGGAGAUACCAAGUGUGACAGCCAUGUCGGGAUGUGAUAAUGAAGCCUAUUUGUGAGGAGGUUUACCAACAGAUGUCAAAGCUCAGAGAACAUGUGAAUGAAGAGGGGGGGUCUAUUUAAGAGCACAAUAUUGUGUAUAUAAUGGACACUUAUUUAAUUUUGUACAAAAUAUUAACAUGACGUAUAGAUGUGGUGAACAGAAAACCAUGUCAUAACAACUAAAGAAGUGCAGAAAAUCUCUCUUCAGCCGGGGACCCGACAGUAAUGGUGGACAUCAUUGAUCACGACAUCUAAACCGUAACAGGGCUUAGUAACACUCAUCGGAUCUUGUCAGGUUUUCUAUUUUUAUUUUUUGGAUCAUCAUUAUGGGAGAAGCCAUCUUACCCAAACAGCAUUUAGAGAUUUGCUUUACUGCAGAACCCAUGGACAUAGGCAACAAUGGACUGAAGCUGUGCCAUUCACAUGAAUUGGAAACCUUACUAGGCAUUCUCUGUGACCUUUUCGGCGAUGACUUCACAGGGAGGGGGACGCUGACGACUCUUGUGUGUACUUCUGUUAUGUAUAUACUGGUGUCACCUUUCACUAUACUCCUGUCUGGGAUGAUACUGCUGGGAAAUGAUCUGUACAGAAAAGGAAGCCUCAGCUUAGUUUUAGGCCUAGUGGACAGAAAACAUAUUGCAAGAUUUCAGGAUUAUUUUAAAAUAUAGAUAGUAAAAUCGAAAGGUAUCAAAAUAAAAAUAAAAAAAAGCAUUAACCCCUUAAGGAAUCAGGGUUUUUACGUUUUUGCACUUUAGUUUUUUCCUCUUUACCUCAUAACCCAUUCAAUGUUGCACCUAAAAUUCCAUAUUAUGGCUUAUGUUUUGCACCUCCAAUUUUACUUUGUAAUGCCAUCAGCCAUUUUACAGAAAAAAAAACAAUGGCGAAACAGAAUAAAAAUUCAUUGUGCGACAAAAUUGAAGAAAAAAUGCAAUUUUGUAAAUUCUGGGGGCUUCUGUUUCUACGCAGUACAUUUUUUGGUAAACAUGACACCUUUUCUUUAUUCUGUAGGUCCAUACGAUUAAAA